GAGAGGAGGAGCGCGAGGCACUCCGUCUCUUCAACACUGAGCGAGCACCUCAGACCGCGUUUUAUUAAAUCGUUGCAACUUAGUUUCACGCUGCACACUUAAGUGUUCUAGCCUUGCGCCGCCUGACGAUUCCUAAUCAUCACAAUCAUCAUAAUAAUAACUACAGCAGUAGGAGGAAAAGCCGAUGCCGCUGCGAGUCUUGCGAGCUCUCUGUCUUUUUUUCCGAGAAGCUUAUUGUGAAUGCUCACUUUCCGCUAUUUUGGACCUCUGUCUUUUCCCCACUCAGUGGGUUGGUGCUGCUCCGAAUAAAGCAACGCAAUGUUUCCUUCAACUGCUCCCGAAAUCCAGCGCAGAUCGGAUCUGUGCUGACAACCGGACUCCACCAAGAUUCUAGGACUCGCCAGGCUCCAUACAUCCUGCAGAUUCCGUCCGUUCAACAGGCACUCGAGACUGGCUUUACAGCGCACGGACACAGCCGGACGUCUUGUUGCAGCUCGGUUUGUAGCUCAUAUACAGCGGCGCUUGCAGAGCUGGGCGAGUAUGGAUGCGUUGAAGGUGAAGCUGCGCUGGGAGCGGGAGCUGCUUGCACUGGUCGCCUUGCUGGCGGUUUGCAGCCCUGUGGCAGAGACGAGCCAGGAGGACGCGUUCAACGGAGAGUCAUGGCUGCGGAUGUAUGGCUACCUCCCACAGGCCAGCAAACAGAUGUCUACUAUGAGGUCAGCACAAAUCUUGUCUAGUGCAAUUUCAGAAAUGCAGAAUUUUUAUGGCCUUCCAGUGACCGGUGUGUUGGAUGAAGGAACGAUAAGAUCAAUGAAAAGACCUCGGUGUGGUGUGCCAGAUAAGUUUGGUGCCCAAAUCAAAACAAAUGUACGUCGGAGACGCUAUGCUUUAACAGGACACAAAUGGAAUAAACACAACCUUACCUUCAGUAUUCAGAACUACACCCCAAAAGUCGGUGAAUAUGAGUCCCACUAUGCCAUUCAGCAGGCAUUUAAAGUAUGGGAGAAGGUGACCCCAAUGCAAUUUGAAGAGAUCCCCUUCCAUGAAGUUAAAUAUGGCCGGCGCAAGGAGCCUGACAUCAUGGUGUUUUUUGCCUCGGGUUUCCAUGGUGAUAGCUCUCCUUUUGAUGGAGAGGGAGGCUUCCUUGCCCAUGCCUACUUUCCUGGAUCUGGAAUGGGUGGAGACACUCAUUUUGAUUCUGAUGAGCCCUGGACUGUUGGCAGCAGUGAUGUUACUGGCAAUAAUUUGUUCCUUGUUGCUGUCCAUGAACUGGGACAUGCCCUCGGCUUAGAACACUCCAACAAUCCCGCUGCCAUCAUGGCUCCCUUCUACCAGUGGAUGGAUACCGAGAAUUUCCAGCUUCCAGAGGAUGAUCUCAGGGGAAUUCAGCAGAUCUAUGGACCACCUGACAGUAGCCCCAAGCCUACUAAGUUACUCCCUACUGUGACCCCAAGGCGACCUGCAAAACCUGAACCUCGACCACCUCAACCUCCAAAGACCCCUCCAGGCGGAAAGCCAGACACACCAAGGAAGCCAGAUCCAGACAAGCCUCGCACGACAGACCGCCCAGACCAGUAUGGACCCAACAUCUGCGAUGGAGACUUUGACAUUGUCACCGUUCUGCGUGGAGAAAUGUUUGUCUUCAAGGGACGAUGGUUUUGGAGAGUUAGGCAUAAUCGUGUACUGGACAAUUACCCAAUGCCAAUUGGUCAUUUUUGGAGAGGACUCCCUGGAGAUCUGGAUGCUGCCUAUGAAAGGCACGAUGGAAAAUUUGUUUUCUUCAAAGGAAAUAGAUACUGGUUGUUUCGAGAGGCAAACCUGGAGCCAGGGUAUCCUCAAGAUCUUGUUGCUUAUGGACUGGGCAUCCCUUAUGACAAGAUAGAUACAGCAAUCUGGUGGGAACCAACAGGGUACACAUACUUCUUCAGUGGAGACAGGUACUGGCGUUUUAAUGAGGAAUCACGGGCAGCAGAUAAGGACUAUCCAAGAUCUAUUAACGUGUGGGGCAGCAUCCCACCAUCUCCCAAAGGCGCAUUCCUAAGUGACGAUGCAGCCUACACCUUCUUCUACAAAGGAUCAAAAUACUGGAAGGUUGAUAACCAGAGAAUGAAACAUGAGCCUGGAUAUCCAAAGUCCAUCCUUCGAGAUUUCAUGGGCUGCCAUGACAUUGUGGAAAAGGACAAAGAUGUAGUACCUAAGUGGCCGGAUGUGGACCGGACUCCUUUUGACCCCAAUGCAGGCACAAAUGAUGUUGAUACCGAUGAAGAAUCGACAAAUAAUGACGUAGACAUCCUUCUGAAAAUCGACGACUAUACUCGUACCAUGAAUAUUAUCAUGGUGAUAGUGCCGUUGAUUCUGUUGUUGUGCAUUCUGGGAUUGAUUUUUGUGAUUAUCCGGAUGCAGAGGAAAGGGGCACCCAGACUGCUGGUCCACUGCAAGCGGUCUCUGCAGGAAUGGGUUUGAUGUCUUCGGUUUGACUCAUCAUAUCCUCACCAUUGGUGCUAUUGGUUCUGUUGACUAGUAUAUUUAUAUCAGAAAGUUUGCACAUUCAUUUUGAAUAGGAAAGCCUUGGCUUUCUUUGUAUUCAUCAUUUCUUCAUGAUUUUCAGCGUGUUUCCUGCUUUCAUGCAUUGGUGUUUGCCAUUUCUGACCUGGAUUCAGUUGGUCAAACUGAUCAAAUAAUAAUAUGGACCAUCAAUGCUGAAAUAUAGUGUACGUGCUCUUUCAUUAAUGCUUCCCUGAGGUGUGUUGCCUUAAAUGCUUAGGGAUACACAAGGACUGCAAACUGUUCAAGCUUGACCUUCUGAUGAAGAAACAGAGCUUUACCUCUGGCCAUGUACCAACCUAGACUGAUAGUCACACUGGCAUGCCUGGAAGAAAAUGGACAUCUCAUCAUAUGCCUUCUUGUAUGGAAGUGGCUUUAAUAUGUCCCUGUUCUUUAACCAGGUGAAUUUUGUCUAGUGGAACGCUUCUCAGGUACUUGGCGGUUCUAUGAGGCUGCACAUGGAAAGUAUAAGCAUAUGUGUGUGCUGGGAAAGACUUCUCCAGAAGACCAGUCACAGAAAGAGGUCAAAGGUCAAGCAGAAAAUACAUUAAAGAAAAAACAGCAUCCUGUAUCUUUCAGUUCUGCUGAGGAAUCCUUUGGGUUAUGCUUCCUCAAAGACUGUGCUCUUGCAUUACUGGAUCUUACUGCGCUUUCCCACGAACUUUUCACACAACUCAUCACAACAGAACUUUAUUAUAUUUUAGAGUGAACGGAAACAAGCUGUUGGCUAGUUCAGUGAGAAACGUCUCUCUCUCUCUCUCUCUCUGUCUCUCUCUCUCUCUCAAUAUUGUGUGGGAUGCAAGUUUCAAAAACCCGGUGCUCAUCCCACUCUGUCUUCACUAGCUGGAAACCCUGCCAAGCCUUUUUCUUAAUAUUCAUUGUUAUCCCUGCAGCAGCAAACAGUACCAAGGGGCAAAAAUGAGAAGCAGAAAUCAAUCUGCAGACUGUGGACUCUUGAUUUUGCACUCUCUGGCAGCUGCUGCCAGGUCCAGGCUGUGUCUGGCUGUGUAUACUGCUUAGACCAAGUUACUCCUCUGACUUUUGCUUCUAUCCCUCUGUUCUUUGGGCUCUAUUUGCACUUGUCCAUAAACUGAAACUAAACGCAACAUCCAUAUGUUCAGCACAUGACCAAUUUUAAGUGUCAAGAAAUUCAAUCUUCUUAUUUAAUGAAACGUUGGCCUCCAAGAACCUAUUUGGGAUGGUCGUAUGGCAUUCUGAAGAGGUGAAUAGAAUUGAAUGUUAAUGCUUUCAGGAAGUGUGUAUGUGCCAUUUCAUUUUAAUAAUUAUAUUUUGAGUCAUGGAAAGGCUUAAGGGGAAGACAGAUGCUUUCUCAGUAUUGACUGCUCAUUGAAGCUAAGCCCGUCAGUCCUGUGCUCUUUGCCGAGGAUCGAUUUCAUUCAAUCCAGUUGCUAAGUGAGGUGUUUUUCCUCUCUGUUCUUCCCCCAAGAGAGAUAAACAUUAAAGAUAAUUAGAGCUUACAGUAGUUCUUCUCAGAAAGAUUCAGAAGGGAGUGAGUGUCUUAGGCAAGCAUCUUCUUCAAGAAGUUUUUAUUGCCUCUGUUUUCAGAGGCAAUGAGUGUACAUUCUGUUUACUGGAUCUGCCUCUGAAAGAAGAUGUCUAUCCAUUUUCAAAACAAAUACAAUUAAGAGUCAGCCUGGAGGCAGUGCCUAGCCUAGCUUGCGUAAGACCAUAAAGAAAAAUAACCUUUUUGGAGGACAGAGGAAAAUAACAGCAAAGGUCUGGCCUCUAGACUUUUAAUGAUUGUGGGUAUAGGAUGUGUGCUUGCUCAAACCUGCUUUGGAGUGCUUUGUACAAUACAGAUGCAUGAAGCUGCACCCAUAAUAUGGUACUUUGUGUGUGAAGAACUAGAGGUUAAGAAUUCUAACCAUUAUUAUGAAUGGAGAACUCCAGCUCCUUAUAUUUAUUUUCAUUUUACCUUUUGUUAUCGCUUCCAUUUUCACCUUUGUCAUUUGUAUUACUUUAAUGAUGAAAAUGUAUGCCCUGGUGGAAAGCACUUCUUAUGAUCCCUUGUGUGCAGUAGUUUCCAUGCACUGUGGGACACUUGUAUUCAUGGUAUUUUGCAGUCAGGAACGUGACACAAACAAAUCACAGAUGGAGAAGAGAGCUGGACUUUUAUUUUCUCAACAGUACUCUUAAAUACAGACAAAAGUAUAAUUCUUUCCCUCUGUUUUCCUUAAUAAAUGGGUUACUGACAGAGCCCUUACAUCAAAUUAAAAGUUGACAUGGAGAGAUCUCCGGCAUCAGAGCAGCACAACACUAUCUCCAUCUUGUGCUUUUGAAUCACUCCAGGUCUCUCUGGCUAGGACCCUGAGCUCCCACCUAGUGACGCCAUUUGAGCAGUACACAGGUCUUUAUCUUACCUUGUUGCUUAAAGCUCUCAUUUUUCAUUUUUCUGGUUAAUCUCAUCUUUGAAGCAGGGGCUUCUUGAGCCUCUUUAGGUGUUGCAUGCUUAACUCUAAUGCAUCCCCUGAGCUCAAGAGCUUGUAGCUGAAUUGUUAAAAUAGACUUGAGGCCACUUUUCUCUGGUUUGCAUUUUUUCACAUUUGGUAAAUGGAGCCAAUUAAGUGGACAACAUAAAUCUUCAUACAAGCUGAAUAUUUGCAUUCUGUGUAGGCCAAAGUUAGGCACGAGGGCAGGAGAAACAAAUCCUGUUAACUGAUUUUCUUACCUGGGUGGUCAUGAAGCAUAGAAAGCAAUCUAGAAAGAAACUAAUUGCAAAACUUAAUUUUUUUGACUUCUUAGCUUCUGGUGUAAUCAAUUAAACGGUCAUAAAAUCAAAACCGUGCUGAAAACUAUGGCAUUGUGAGAAGCUCUGCCCACUCAAACCUCCAUGGAUCUUGUGUUCCGCUCCUUGCAUGGUCGGUGGGCAGAGUUGUCACAUGUUUGUCGGGGUGUUUUGUGGGUGUUCCAGUUUUCAAUUGGCCUUUUAUAAGCAAGUAUGCUCUGAGUGAGCACCGUGGACUGCUGCUCUAUCCAAGUUUGGUUUCUGCCUUGUGACCUGUUCUGUUAGUGUAGAUUCAGGCUUCCCAUGACUCUGUAAUGGAAUAAUAAACGACCAUUAAGUGAAUGUUUUUACAGCAGCUGAUAAAUGCGCAUUAUUCAGCUGGUCCCUUCCUUAAUAAAGAAUUCUGACCUUUGAAUGAAACUAAUAUUAGGCAGUAGUCUGCUUUCUAAAUGCAUUACAACUGCUGUAGAUCCCUAAAACAGUUUCCAUUUUAAGAUAUUUGUAGAGAAAAAAAUUAUUAGAAACACUACAGAAAUGUAUUAUUUGUUCAGAAUUUAAUUCCUAUCAUAAUAAGCUUGAAAAUUAAAUUAUUCAAUUAUUUGCAGUUGAUUUUAGUUAGAAACUAGACAUGUUAAAGCUCCAUCCAAUGGCUCUAACAUGUGGUGUGCCUUCUGCAGCAAAGCACUCAGUCACAAAAUAACUAAGUCCUCAGAAUUUUAGAGGCAGUAUGUCUGCAUAACUUUUUUGGAAAAAGGAAAAAAUCAUUUAUUAAUAAUUAUUUGUCAUCACCAUUCAUGUAAAGACUGACAGGUCAUCCCUGCCAAUUCAGUUGUGUUCAGCCACCAGUAUAAAUCUGAAUCUGCUGACAAGGAGUGUUAAACAAAAUCAAAAUGUCUCAGGCUCCUUUUUAAAGUGUUUUUUUUUUUCAGCUACAGUUUUAAACUUGUCCCACAGAUCAAAUCAUAGUCAUUAUCUGGUUAGGUUACUGUCACACUUCCUUUUGAACCAGAACUUCUCCCUAGUCCUAUAACCAGAAGUGGCCUCAGAGCAAGACUGUUUUUCUUGGGAGCAGUUUUUGUAGUUCUUCCACAAGUAAAGACAUGGCCAGCAAGUCACUCCCACUAAUUUCUGCACCAAACCUCCCACCUGUAAUCAAAGGUCAAGAUUACAUGUGGAGGGUUUUUCAUUUGACUGUUUUUGUGGCCGUCAUUUUCUGAGUUGUUCAUCAAGUUGAGGCACGGCUGAAGUGAAAUUAGAUUGUUAAACACGUUUUUGGUACUACAUCUCAAAGUGAGAAGAUGGUCCUAAACUCAUAGAAAUUACACACGAUGAGCAGCUGUAAAUAAAUCAAAGCUCUUGUGUAGAUCCCAAACAUGAAUUAUUAUUAUUAUUAUUAUUAUUAUUAUUUCCUGGACUAGAGCUGCCCUGAACCAGGAUAUGAGAGUCUUACACCAACCCAUCUGUCUUCCAUUAAAAAAAAAAUCUAAACAGGAUGUUUACAAGCUUGAUGUUAUCUUUCAGAUUCAUUUACCUAAAAUGUGAAAUAUUGCAAGUGACUAGAUUGUUUAGAUAUAUUAAGUUCUAAACAGUACUUAUAGACUCCGCACUAUCAUUGGUGAACUGAACUGGAAGCUCUGAAUGUGAUACACAGAAACAGUUUUACACCAGAGCAGCUUAACCAACAUAAAAUACUGUAACUUUUGAGUAGGGAUUGUAAAUGAAAUUAAAGCUACUUCCCCCGCUGCUUUAAUAAGUCUUGUUACCUGGAAGCUUAGGUAGAAAGUGUCCUCUAGGAUUAAUUAAGCCAACCAGCAGCACAGCUUUCUUUGCCGAUAAGCGCCUUAAGCCUGCUUUACACUGCCGUCCACAGCAAUUCUCCAAAGCACCUCCCUGCAGAUGCCUUCUGUUCAUGGUUGCCAAAGAGUGGGCAGGAAACGAGCAGCAUGCACCUUACUCACUUAAUCGGGAGUACGCCCAGUGAUUGGUAAGUCGACCUGCCACAGUCACACAUUAUUGACUCUACCUUACUCUUCUCAGCCUGAACCAAUGCCAUUUUAGCUAAUCUGUCUCUUCUGCAUACUUGUUCAUAGGGCAGGCCACCAGUGUCCUUUAUUCAGUAUGCUUUACACUUUCUCAGUCUUUAUUAUUAUAUCACUUUGAAUGUUACAAGAACAUCUUCCUUGGCAACAUUUUGUUUUUUUUUUGUUUUGUCAUGUCUUUUUUUAAUAUAUUUGAGUUCAUUGUGUUUAAAGUGUAAAUAUCUGUGUUUCUACAGCCAAAUCUUUGUUGUUUGGUUCAUU